AUGAGCUGGCUGUACCCCUUCUCCAGUACCUCCCACCGCCGCCGUCGCUCCAAAGACCGACACUCCACCGUCAGCUCAAACCACCACCACCACUCGCGUCAUUCCACCAGCGCGCCCUCCAUUUUCAGCCUGGGGAGCUACGCCAAUCGCUCCUCGGCCUCAUCCGUCUAUUCCGCCGGCGGCUCUUCCUCACGCCGAGCAAAGCCGCGCUCGGGUUUUGUGGCACGCAUUGUGCACAAGAUCAAACGCCUGUUCAGACAUAUAGUCCAUUAUGCGAAGCGGCAUCCAGUGAAGGUUUUCCUGAUGGUGAUCAUGCCGCUGAUCACGGGAGGGGUGCUGCAGAAGCUGCUGAGCGCCGUGGGAGUUCGGCUUCCCAAGAGUUUGAUGGGUGGGAGAUCGAGGGGAGGUAGUAUUGGCGGGUUCGAUAGCGGCGGGAAUGGCAUUGGUGAGAGUGUCAAGGGAUUGGUCUCUGUUGCGAAGAUGUUCUUGUGA